AUACGUGGUGUUAACUCUAAUAAAAAAAAUAACCAAAAAUGUAUAAAACCUAUGUAUAUUUUCGCCAAACAUCAGUUGUUUUCGAUAUUCGCAACAGUGCACAUACUCGAAUAUAUUAAUUGAAAUUAAUAAUUCGGAAUAAUAUAUAUAUAUUAAUUUAUUUAAUUAAUAUUUUUAGUACAUAAUUUAUUAAAAUUUUUAAAAUGUGGAUUAUUGCAGUGAAUUUAUUGGCUGUUGCGGGUAUCAUCAACGGAGCCGACUGGUCAUAUGAUUUUGAAACCCAAUGGCCGGGCGUUUGCACCACGGGGAGCCAGCAAUCCCCAAUCAACAUCAUGUCCCGUGACGCGGUUGUGGACAGACAGGAGGCGCACAUCAAAGGACCGCUGGCCUUCAGAGGAUACAGCAACGUGAACGCCACUGGUGAAAAUAACGGACAUACUGUAAAAUGGACCAUAGUGGAUGACGAACCAAUGCCCAUAUUAUCUGGAGGUCCACUGCGAGGAAACUACAGCUUCAUACAAUUCCAUAUCCAUUGGCUGUCAGAACACGCUAUUGACGGCAUGAAAUACCCAAUGGAAAUACACUUCGUUCACGUUAAGACGGGUCUGACAGUCGAAGAAGCACUUAAACGGCCAGACGGACUCGCCGUUGUUGGGGUUCUAUGCCAGGUCCAUAGUGGAGAAGAGAAUGAGUUCGCAUUAGGAGAAUUGACACCAAUGCUCCCUAGCCUUUUUGAUAGACAAUCGGGGCCCUUGCCAGCUUCCAUCAUCGAUCUCACACGUCUGUUUAGUCCAAACGUGCAAUCUUUCUACACAUACCACGGCUCUCUGACUACUCCGCAAUGUCAAGAAGUAGUCACCUGGAUCGUAAUGGAUACUCCUCUCAUUAUAUCUGAUACUCAGUACAAACUCUUCAGCAAAGUUGACGUCGGUGGCAUAGACAACUACAGAAGCUUGCAGCCUGUCAACCGAGUCAUCUACCGUAGCCUCGCUUCCUGUGCAUCCUUGACCUUACCGAGCUCUCUUGGCCUCCUGGCUGCUCUACUUAAUCUCUCAUCAACCAUGUCUGGUAUCGUGAGCAAAGGAGUCUGCACAAUUGUGAACAUGAAGAGGAAGUUCUGGGGCAACAAAACUAAAGAGUGUCUCAAAAGUGAUUGAAGAACGCGGACAUUUAAAAUAUUGGUUUCAAUUGGGUAUGUUACAUAUCAUUCUUGCAAAUAGGAAAUUUUAAGGAAUAUUUCAAGAAAUCCUUAAUUUGGAUAAGGGUUUUUUUUAUAUUUGAUGAACUUUGGGAAUUGUUUCAAUCGCUGAAUGGCAUAUGUAAUAUCGUUAUGAAUUAGCUUAGGAUUUAUUGCAUUUCGUUACUAUAUCCUUAAAACUGCAUUUAGUCAUAGUAAUACUGUUAAUGUGUGAUUAACAUGCUUACAAAGAUUUUAUAAUUUAGUGACUAACUGUAGUUAGUUCUUCAUUAAAACAAGAAACAAUUUCAUUGUGUUACAUUUUUGCUCUAGAUGUGUGGUAAUUAGUGGCACUAAUUACUAAUCACAGGAAAUAGGCAAAAAAAGAUUUCAUUCAAUUUACAAUUAUAGACUACAUUAGUUAGAGUUGUUAAAUUGGAUUUUUUGACUUAAAUCAUACAAAUUUAAGUUUUGCUAACUCAAACCCUACACCAUACUAGAACUAGAGCCGGUGGCUUUGUUGAGAUUGACAAUCGUCAUUGUAAACAGCGUCCUUCGAACUCAUCCUCGAUCGAAAUACUACUCGGACUAGGGGCCACAAGGGACGAUUGGUUCUGAAGUUGCGAAAUACGAUCUUAUGUUACUAAAGUGCCAUUAAUUUUUCGUAAUGGAUUUUUUAUUAGAUUAUCAGAUCGAAAUACUUAUCGGCGGAUGCUUCUUUUUUCGAUUUAAGAUUUGAAAUAAAUUAUCCUUGAUAAUGAAUGCAUUUAUGAUAAGAAUUAUAAUUGAUGGUCUAUUUAUCGUCGUGAAAUAUUGAUAAAUGAAUAUAACUAGUUAUAACGAGUUCUUAUCAAAAGAUCUGUCAGAAAUUAGCCGAACUGAUAAAAGGAAAGAAAAAAACGUCUCGCAGAGAAAAAUAGAAAAUACUUCUGAGAAAGUAUAUUAUAUGAAGAAAACAUCAAAUUUUGGUUUUCACAAAACUUAUGACAGAUAUACUGUAUGUAUAUGAAUAUUAUUAGACCAUGCUUUACACAUUAAACAUGGAAUACACUAUGGAAAGUGGAGUAUGUAUAUAAUAUAGUAAUUAAAAAGAUUACAUUCUGUUAUCGUAAUUAAACAUUAGAAUAUAUAUUUAUUGUUAUCAAAAAUCAAAGUAUUUCUUUCAUUUAAUCUGUACUAAUUAUAUAUAUAUAUUGAUUAAAAAAUAUUGAUAUUAUGACUAAUGUUAAUUAAGGCGUAAUUCAAGUAUUCAUUAAAAACAAUCGCAAAAGACAAAAAAAAUCUUUCAUCGGAUGUUCUUUGGCCUAAAAAAGAAUUUAAAAAAUAAAAGGAUAUAAAGAGAUAUACAUCACUAAUAUACUCUUUAUUAAAAUACUGCUCUAAAUUUCAUGAUCGCUAAUUGACAAAAUUACUCUAAUACAUAUUUCUAAUAAAUAUUUUUGAUUAAUUCUAAAGAUAUAGAUCUAAAUAAAAUGUAUUAUUGUCACAUGAUACCAGCGCCUUUAUCUUCUUUUUAAUCGUUUAUGCACCUGAAUGUAAGUAUAUGUGAAAUAAUAAUAAGAAAUUGUACAAAAUGAAUGAAUGUAUCCACGUGUCAUUCAGUUGAACGCAUUUAUAGAAUUAUCAAUACAGAUAAUACAAUAUGUAGCUUAUUAUUUUAUUUAGUGCACAUAUUAAAUUAAAUCUAUAAUAUUGUCGUCAAAACUUUUAUGACAUAUCAUUAUUUGUUUAUAUAUCGUAUCGUUACAUCAUAAAUUUUUAAGUCUGUCUGUGACGUCAGAUUAAAUUAAAUUGCUCUGUUUAAAUCCUAUAGAUAUACAGCAGCGUUAAUUUAUUAUAGUAAUAAAUUAAUACAACUAUUCUUAUAAUAAAUAAUUCUAAAUUUAAUUUUCUAUUUACAAGCUGUUAUUAAGAUCUCAGAUAUUAUAUUCUAUAAAAGAUACAGUCUAUUUAUGUAUCAAUAAAUUAUUUAGAAUAUAUUUAUUUGAUAGUGUUAAGAUAAAAGAUAUUAAUUUGUCAUGUUUAUAUAUUCAAUAAACCAUAGACUGUAGAUCCUCAACUUUUAAAGGAAUGAAAUAUACAGCCGAUCGUUGUGUCUGUGUGUAGGGAGGCACAUAGUUCUAUCUUGACUAUAAUUUGUUGUAUUCGUUCUUUGUUGUAAUAACAAACAUUUAUUAGGCUGUGAAAUCGAAAAGAUAUUAAAAUUAUAUUCAUUUUAAGUUCUGAGAAAUGCGUCAAUGUUCAAAGUACCUACUAUAGUUAUAAGUAAUUUUAAUCCUUUAGUUUUUAUUUAAUUGUUUUGUUAAUGGUUGUGUUUUGUGUUCUAUACAAUUUAAGUCAAUAAACUUACAUAAUAAAAUUUAUUUUAAAAUA